AUGUCUUCGCCUCAACAACGACUGUCUUCUAUCGCAAACCAGCUUACGAGCCCUGGUGCUGUGUCCGCAAAGUCAAAGCUCUUGGCGAAGAACCCUGACGAUGUGGUGAUUACACUCGCCCUGCGGACUCCCCUCACAAAAGCUAGGAAGGGUGGCUUGAAGGAUACCACUUUAGAUGAGCUUCUCAUCUCACUACUGACGGAUGUGCGCGAGCGGUCGAGACUCGAUCCUAACCUUGUCGAAGAUGUCUGUGUCGGAAAUGUCCUUGCCCCUGGCCAAGCUUACAUCGCCCGUUCUGCUGUUCUGGCAGCAGGUUUCCCCGUCACUGCCGCAGCAUCGGUUGUCAACCGAUUCUGUUCUUCUGGAUUGCUGGCGAUCCAGAACAUUGCCAACCAGAUCAUUGCUGGUUCAAUCGAUGUUGGUAUCGCAGUUGGAGCAGAGAGCAUGAGCACCAACCCCGACAACGGUGCCCCAGAGCUAUCCGACAAGAUCACAUCACACCCAAUUGCCUCCCAGAACAAGCAGCCCAUGGGGCAGACCUCCGAAAAUGUCGCAUCUCAAUUCGGAAUUACUCGCGAAAUGCACGACCAGUUCGCUGCCAAGAGCUACCAGAAAGCAGAGCAUGCCCAGAAAGCUGGCUGGUUCAAUGACGAGAUUGUUCCCGUUCAUACCAAGGUUAAGGACCCUAAGACUGGAGAGGUAAAGGACAUUGUGGUCGAUCGUGAUGAUGGUAUUCGUUAUGGCACGACUGCCGAAUCACUCGGCAAGAUCCGCUCAGCUUUCCCCCAGUGGAAGCCCAGUGCUACAACUGGUGGCAAUGCUAGCCAAAUUACCGACGGCGCCGCAGCGCUUGUCCUCAUGAAACGAUCUCGCGCACAAGAACUGGGCCAGCCAAUUCUGGCCAAGUUCGGCGGGGCCACUGUUGCCGGCUUAGAGCCCCGAAUCAUGGGAAUUGGCCCGUCUAUCGCUAUUCCUAAGAUCCUCUCCAAGGUCGGUUUGACCAAGGAUGACAUUGAUAUUUUUGAAAUCAACGAGGCAUUUGCAUCUAUGGGCACUUACUGUGUUCAAAAACUUGGUCUUGACGAAUCCAAGGUGAACCCUCGGGGUGGUGCAAUUGCAUUCGGCCAUCCAUUGGGAUGCACAGGAGCGCGACAGGUGGUUACUGCCCUCUCCGAAUUACGUCGACAGAACAAAAAAGUGGCAGUCACUUCCAUGUGUGUUGGAACUGGUAUGGGUAUGGCUGGCAUUUUCGUCUCCGAGGCCUAA